CCAGCACGAGCUCAUGCGAAACGGAUCGUGUUCGCUCUUUUGCCUCGACUUUUUUGCCUGGUACAGGAGCCGGAAGGCCGCCAGCAUCGACGCCAAGUACGACCAGGAGGGCGCCGCUAAGCCCGAAUCCGACGGCGGCUCCGCGCCCGAGCGGUUCUGCCGCGAGAAGAUGUACCCGCCGCUGCACACCGCGCGAUGGGUCCUCAUCGUUGUCCUUCUCGCGCUCGGCGGCGUGGCGCUGCAUCAGGCGUCUAAGCUGACCACCCCUACGGAUAACGACGUGCUGCUGCUCGGCGAGGAUCACCCCAUGGAGCAGUACGGCAUUAUCAAGAAGAAGGCGUUCAUGGACUCCAAGGAUGCCGUGCUGUGGGUCAGCGUCAACUGGGGCCUGACCCCUUACGACGAGCCGGUGUACAACCACCUGAACCCGAAAAAGUAUCCGAACCUGAAGCUGGAUACCUCUUUCGACGCGUCCAGCUCUGAAGCGCAGGAGUGGCUCGUCAAAUUCUGCGACGACACCAGCGUGCUCAAGAAUGAAGGAAAGGAAGUCCACUGCCCCUUCAAGGAGUUUAAAUCCUGGGUCACGGAGCAAUCCGGCAGAUACACCAACAGGGCCAACAACGUCCCUUACGACAACAACGGUCCGAACCUCGACACCUACGCGACCGAGUGCGACACCUCCGGCUUCCCCGUGCCCGCCGCUAAAUUCGACCGAUGCAUGGCGUUCUACGCGAGGUACCAGGUAGAUCGGGGAUCGGUCAGUACCGACAAAUCAUUGCUCCGAAACUUGUACCAACCGGCGGGGACGUCGGCCGACGCCGACGUGAAGCUCUUCUUCCUGCGGAUGGAAUUCGCGAGCAACAUCUCCUGGACCGAGCCCGUCGACGUUCUGCGCGCCGAUUUCGACGCGUGGGAGUCCUACAUCACCGACGCACUCGCCACCGCACCCGCGGGGCUUCGAUCCGGCUUUCACAGCGGCGAGGCUUGGCACUGGAUGGACACUGUCGAGCAGAUGGAGGCGGGUGCGUACGGCGCCGCCGGCAUCACCGUCCUCGUCUCCGGAUUCAUCAUCUUCCUGGGCACCGGUAACCUCGCCAUCACGCUCUACUCCCUGGUCGUCAUCGCGUGCAUCCUCGGAUCUGUGGUUGCGUGCGUGGUGGGAAUGGGCUGGACGCUCGGAUUCCUCGAAGGCAUCUGCUUCACCAUCCUCAUCGGGUUGUCCGUGGACUUUGUGAUUCACAUCGGCGUCGCGUACCACGAGGUCGCCGAGGAGUUUAAUCGGGACGGCGCCGAAGCCACGCGGACCGACUGCACGCGCGAGGCCGUCGCUCAGCUCGGCUUCCCGAUCAUAUCCGCCGCGUUCACCACGCUGAUAUCGGCCAUCAUCCUCUUCUUCGCGCAGAUCACGUUCUUCAACAAGUUCGGCCUCAUCGUGAUGCUCUCCAUGGUCAUCGCGGUGUUGACCACGUUCCUGCUUUACGUCCCAAUACUGGACGCGCUCGGGCCCCAAGGCCACCAGGGUGACGUCUGGCACUGGAUUGCGAAGUGCAGGAAGAAAGCCUGAGGUUCCUGAUCAUGAGGCCCGUAACCUAGUCUAAUUUUUAAUGUAUAACAUCUGUAACAUAGUCUAGACUAGC